GUGGGCAUGUGGUUAUUCCCGCCGCAGAAAUCAAAUCCAAUCCGAGUGGACUUCUGGGAAGUUGGCCAGUAAUAAUAAUCGAACAUCGGCAUUAAAAUCAAAUCAUUCGUGUUGGCACCGACAUCGGGGGUGGAUCGGUUAAUAAACACCCAAUUACGUGUAUAAUUACAAGUAUGGCUGUUACCUGUGAAAUCGACUUCGAUAACAAUCCCCAUGGCACCUAUUUUGGGGGCCAGGUUCUGACCGGCAGAGUUACUCUGAAACUGGACAAACUGAAGUUGGUGAAAGCCAUCACCUUGAAUAUAACCGGUUACGCCGAGACGCGAUGGAGCGAAAGGGUGACCACCAACAGGAGGAGGAGACGUCGCACGUUCUACGGAAGGGAGGAUUACAUUGCAUCCAAAACAUUUCUGGUGGGAUCUAAUCUGAGCAGUCAAGUCUCCAUCGAAGCUGGCAUUCACACGUACAACUUUGUGUGCCAGAUUCCCACCGAAUGUCCUUCGUCCUUCGAGGGCACCAAUGGUAGAGUGCGUUACAUGACAAACGUAACUUUGGUCAGACCCUGGAAAUUUGAUCAGAGUUACACGCGUUGUUUCACGGUUCUCAAAGUAAUGGACCUCAACCUUGAUAGUCCGCUGCUAAGGGUACCGGCCCACAGUGAGACCUCGAAGACGUACUGCUGCUGGCCCUGCAAAUCAGAUCCGUUGGCUCUCCAACUAACCGUUCCACAGACAGGAUUUGUGCCUGGCCAGCAAAUUCCCCUCAGUGUUUUGGUGACCAACGACAGCCACAUUCCCGUGGAGCAGUUGCUGAUAUCUUUUGUUAUGCUGGUGACCUACCACAGUAAACCCCCCUCGAUGCCUAACAGCACCUCUGAAAGGUUGGUGGUAAACACCUUGAAGGGCGACUCCGUGCAGAGGAACUGCAAGAAGCUCUUCAAUUACGAGAUCAGGGUGCCCGCCACUCCGCCCACCUGCUUCAACCUGUGUGGCAUCAUCCAGAUCGCCUACCAAGUGGAAGUGGAGGGCGUGGUGAAGGGGUGCCACCAGAAUGAGCAGGUCGCCAUUCCCGUGACCAUCGGAAGUGUUCCUCUCUCCCAACAUGUGCCAAUCCAACCACGUGGUUUGAUCAAUCAGCCUUUAGAUGCAAAUGCCUUAAUGGCCACGGCUCCUCCUCCAAAUGCCUUAAGUCCUUGGGCAGUGGAUGACUCCAUUCCUCCCCCCAACUAUCAAGAGGCUCUUCACAUGCGCUCCACAACGGACACCAAAACCGACGAUUCAGACGAACCGGAGCCAGUACAGCCCAAUACUCUUAAUCUGGAUGGCACUUCCUACAAGCCACUCUAUCCAGUGUUCGACAUUCCAAGUCCCUCAGCCCCACCGCCAGCUGAUUACACGCAGAACUAUAUGGCAGAGAUAGCCUUUGCAAAUCCGGCGAUGGAUGCUGACAAGGAGAAGGGAACUUGGCUAUGAAAUAAAGACGAUACUAUGCAAAUCUACUAGGAACUAAAGAACGACAAAGUACAUGUUUACAAUAAAGCACACGCUGUAUCACACAUAAAAUGUGUAGGUAAUUAUUUGAAAACAAUCUGAAACCAAUUUUUAACAAAAAAGAUUUGAUCAAUAAAGAAAAAUGAUGUAAUGAAA